AUGUUAAAAAGUAAAAAAAGCAGAAUUCAAAAGAUCAUACAAGUACUCGAAAACAAUGAAGAAGACGAGAAAACAUUGAUUAUGCAUAUAAAUGAAAUAGAACAAAUAUUCUUCGAAUGUUUUAACAAUGAAAAUAAAAAAAAUAGUAGGAUAAUUCAUAUUUAUGUUAUUCCAUAUGUCAAUUUAUUAUUAGAGCGUGUUCAUAGCCAUGAUGGAAAAAAUAAUACUAUAUCAUUUAAGGAAAGGCUCAUUACAAGGAUUUUAACCUUUUGUUGUUCUAUUUUGAGAAUUAAUAAAAGUUAUUCUUAUUUAGUUAUAUCUUACUUUGUUAAUUUAUUUGAGGAAAAAUAUUAUAUAGUAAAAAUUAUUGAAUAUUUGAAAAAGAUUAUUAUUUAUUUGUUAAAAGGUUUAUUAUUUUCAAAAAUUUGUUUAUGCGCAAAAGAUGAUGAUGAUGACGAUGAUAAUUAUAGGAAUAACAACCUCAAUAACAUUAAACAAGGAUUUCAUAAUUAUGUUAUAUUAAAAUCAAAGGUUUUCAACGUGUUAAUGAAUUUCCACUUCUAUAAAUGGAUAACGGAUAAUCCAUAUAAAUAUGAUCUCAUUAAAAAUUUAAUGUUAAUUUUAACCAAGGAAAUUUUAUUUUUUUUCCAUGUUUUAAAAAAUAAAAAAAAUAUAUUUAAAGAAAUAUUAAGGGAAGAUAAACAAAUUCACCAUGUUAUUAACGAAAUAUUUGAUAUAUCUUAUUUAAAUGAUGUUACUGAUAAGGUGGACUUAAAAAAUUAUGAUGAAAUUAUACUAAUCUGGCUCGAACAAAAUAUUAGACUGCUUAACGAUUUAAUUCUUUUUAAUCUUAGUAACAAUGCAAAUAACAUUUUCCAUCAUGCAAAGGACGAAAAUUUUAUGAACGAAAACAAGGAAGAUGGCAACUGGUCAAACGAUAAUUCUUCUUCAGCCAAAAUAAAAAAAGCAAUCGCAUCAACAUUUGCAAAACCAAGAACGACAAUAAAAAAGGAUAUAAUAAAAAAGAGUAAAAAUAAUAAAAUAGAAGAAGAACAAAAUAUUAAGAAAGAACAUGUAACUAAACAGGAUAAAGUUGAUGAGGAGGUAAAAAACGAAGAAGUAAAUAAUACAAACAAUGACAGAACCAAAUAUGAAAUUUUUAAUAAGUUAAUAUAUCAUUUUAAUUCAAAACAUGAAUUUCAAAAUAUUACGAAUGAAAAUGUGGUAAUCACUGCCAACAGAAAUGAUUUGUUAACAGGUGAAAAAAUUGUUCAGGAAAGGAAAUACAAUCAAGCAGAGCAUUUUAUGGAUAAUUAUAUGAAUUAUUAUACGAAUGAUACCCAUUAUAGGAAUUGCAUGAAUUAUGUGAAUUUCUUCGAUAACUCCUUUUUUGAUAAUACACACAAUGUAGGACAACAAGAUGAUGCUAGUCAAAAUGCAAGUAAAUAUUUACAAAACUUGGGGUGUUUAAUAAAUAACAUAGAUCAAAUAACAACAGAUAACAUUAUUUUCCUUACGCAUUUGAUGAGAAAUAUUUUCUAUUUAAUUCGUGAAGUUCCCUUUGUACUAAAUUUUUUUCUUGAAAACAUUUUCAUAAUGAUAGAAAAAUUAAUGCAUCUAAAAGGAAAUAUAAAGAAACGGUUGAGAUAUCAUGGAGACAGAAAUUGUAAUAUUCAUGUGGAAGAUAAUUUAAAUAUGUCUGAUUCUCUUGAUGAAGAUAUAGAAAAAAGAAAGGGGCGUGGCUCCAAUUCCUUUGAUAAAGGAAAUAAUAAUUAUAAAGAAAAACUUCUUCAUUGUAUGUUUUAUUAUAUUAAAAAUGAAUUGUAUAUAUUAAUAUGUAGAAAAAAUGUAAAUUUUUCAUUCUAUUAUUCAUAUAUUACUAGUCUAUUAAACUUCAUGGGGGAAGAGGGAACGACGGAUGAACUAACAAAAAAAAAAAUACAAUCAUUGAACAAUGCGCUUUCAGGAAAAAAAAAGGAACAAGAAAUAGACAUAGACAUAGAAGAAGAAGAAGAAGAAGAAGAAAAAAAAAAAAGAAAAAAAAAAACCAAUGAAAACAAUUUCAAUUGUGAACAUAUGAACAAAACAAUUCUACGAAAAGAGGAUUAUGGAUAUAAGAAGUUAAAAAAUGAACAAGUAGAUAUUAUGUCGUACUUGAAAGUAAAAAUGAAUGAAAGCGAAAAUGAAAAUCAAGAUUUUAAAAAAGAAGAAAAGGAAAACAUUUUUAUAAAUCAAAUUAUUAAAAAAUUAUAUCUCACUAAUUUUAAAUUAGACAAAGAAUUUUAUGAAAAUUUUGACUGUUCCAGGAAGAGUAACUUAAUAGAUUUUAUACAAAAAAAAAAAAGAAAAAAGAAAAACACAGAUAUUGUAGGGGCAAAUACAGGUGACAGCAAUAUUUGUGGUAGUCCUUAUGGUUAUGAUUUUAAUUCUAAUUCAUAUGAACAAGCAGUUAUGAAAAUUGCUGAGGGGGGGAUGGACCUUAUGCACAACUCGAAUCAUAUCGUUACAUCUUAUCAGAAUAAUAGUAACAUGGAAAGUGGUGUAGUAGGACUAAAUAAAAAUAAACCCAUUUUAAGGGAAAAUUUUAAAGAGAUUAAUGAUGACAGUAUAGUGUAUGAAAAAAGGGGCGAUAAUAAGGAUUACAAAAUCAGUGAUAGUCAGUGGGAAGAAGAAAUGAUUUAUUCAACGGAUAUGCAAAAUAAUAUGAUUGAACAGAUGAAUUACAAAAGUAUGUAUUCCAAAUUUUUGAAUAAUGAUUUAAAAUAUUAUGAUAAUGUUAAAAGUAAUGAACUUAUACUAGGAACGGUUGAUUUAUAUUUUUUUCUUAUAUUUUCACAAAUACUUAAUAACAAUCUUGAAAACAGUGUUCAAGUUCUAGGUGAAAAUGUGUUUAUUAAAAAAAUUAAUAAUCUUAAAAUUAUUAAUAAUAUUAUUAAAAGAAUUAUUAUAAAUAGCAUGAUGAAAGAAAGGCUAAAGUUUUUUUUUCUUACCUUAUACUCUAUAAAAAUUAAUUCUAUAUGUGUGUUCACAGGGGACACCCGUAACGAUAUUUUUCUAAAUUAUUCUACUGUAUUUAAAAUAUUUAACAAUUUGCUGUUUUACGCAUAUAUCGAUGAAAAGAAAAAAAAAAAGAAAAAGGCCAAAAAAAGGAAAAGAUUAAAUCAGUUAAAACGGUUGGAAGCGAAUACGAGCUGUGCACAUCUCUAUUAUGGUAACAACUACGACAAUGACAUUUUGGGCUACACAACCGUUUGUUACAAUUACUUUUAUAAAUUAAAAAAAAAAUUGAAGAAGAAGGAUUGUGUGUACAGAUAUGAAUUACAGAAAAGGAGUUUCAAAAUAAAAUGUAAAUAUGACGAAAUUUUAAAUCUUCUUAUAUUUUUUUUACACAGUGAUAAACUCUUAGCAAAUCAUCGAGAUCAAUACAUCAAAACAUUUAUAGAACAAAUAUUAGAAGCUCCUAAGUUAUCCUUUUCGUUUUUUAUUUAUUUAAUUAUUUGGCUGAAUAAUAUAGAUAUCCAUAUUGAUUAUAAAGGAUAUAUUAAUAGCACACAUAAUGAUAACAUGUCUUUUUUAAAAAAUGAAGAGAAAAGAAAGGAAAUAAUAGAUGAAAGAAAGAACAAAGGAAAGUUUUUAAAAAAUAAGGAAUGUAAAAUCGAGCAUAGUUCUUUUUUACAUUUUGUUGAGAAGGAAUCGCAAGAAGACAUGAUAAAAAAAAGAUAUACUGAUGAAUUUUCAAGUAACCAAAAGAGAGAAAAGACUAGCAGACAUAAAGAAUUAGAAGAGGAAGAACAAUGCUCCGAAUAUAAUAUAGCAAUAAAAGAAAAAUCUAUAUAUGGUAACUCUUGCAGUACCCUUGAAAAAAAGAAGAGAAUUAAUAAUGAACAUGUUACUGGGGAAGAAGUAACUGAUCAUAACAAUAAUAUGUAUCUAAUGUCUUCACCAAAUGUUAAUUAUCAUGAUAUCCAAAAAUAUUCUGAUAAGGAUGGUGAAAAUAAGUAUAUUUAUGAUAGUCUUACAUAUAAUGAAUCGUCAGAUGCGUCUUUUUCCCAUUUUGAAAUUGAAUUAAGUGAAGAAGAAGAUGAAGAAGAAGAAUAUAAUAAUGGCUGUAUGAAUAAAGAAACCAAUAGAGAAGUGGCGUAUGAUGAUAGUCCACAGAAGAAAGGGAGUAAUAAUUGCCAUAACGAAACAAUGGAAAUGUUGAAUUUUAACUAUAAUGAUAAUAAUACCGCUUAUGUCGAUAAUUCAUUAAAAAUGCCAAGAAAAAUUAGUAAUUCUAAUACGUAUCAUAUGAAUGAAGAGAUAAAUAAUGAAGCGAAUUUGUACAAAUACAGUGCUGCAAGUGCAAAUAUAAGUGUAGGUGUAAGCCAGAGUGAGAACAGAAAUACAGAUUUUAAGUACAAUGAUAAAGAAGCUAUUAGUACUGCUAGCAAUGAGGAUGAUGAGGAUAAUACUAUAAAGGUUAGAUGUAAAAAAGAGAGCGAAAUGGAGGAAGAACUUUUUAAUAUCAAUUACUAUAUAAAAUAUACCACAAUGACUCAGAAUUCGUCAAACUAUUAUAUAUUUAGCUUUUCACUAAUUUCUAAUUUACUUAAGAAGAAUCAAAACAUUAAGGCAAAAAAAACCAUACUAUGUAUAUACAUUAAUACAUUAUUUAAGUCGAGUAAUGAAAUAAGAGCCCUUUUAAAAAAACUAAUAACUGCUUCAAAAGGAAUUUAUAAUAAUACAGUAAACUUUUUUACAUACACGAAAAGAAUAUAUUCUUUUUAUCACAAAGUUUUUAUUUUAUUUUUGUUAUAUAUAUGCAGUAUGUACAUCCCAAAUUUAAAAAAUGAUAUUCUUUUUUUUUCACCCUUUGCAUUUUAUUUAUGGCCAAUAGAGUUAAUUAAUUUUGUUCAUAAUUUUUUGUUAACAAAUUUUUCCUUUUUUUACAAUGACAUAUUAUCAAUUUUUGUGAAUUAUGAACAAAUUACGUUCUACGAAAAAAGGAUGCUCUCUUUAAAAAAUUAUGCUGCAAUUAAUGAAAAAUUAAAUGAAUAUAUAAAGGGUUUUCAUCAGCCAAAUAUUUUCCAAUCAGUGGAAGCGUUUCUAAAAGAAACUGAUUUUUUUAAUAAUAGCAGUAGUUUUGGAAAAAUUAAUGAUAAGGAAAAUGAGCAAGCAAUUAAAGGUAAUAGAAUGAAUAAGUCGAAUACGAAAAGUCAUAUGAAGACAACAAAUGAAGAGGAUCGAAAUGGAGGGAGGCGAAGCGAAGAGGAAGAAGUUAAAGAAAGGCAUAGAGAAGAGGAAGAAAGUGAAAAGAAGCAUAGUGAAGAAAAAGAAUGCCUACAGAGGAACGAAAUAUCACAGAAAAUAUUACUAGAAGAAAUUUUCGUUGUCUUGUUCAUAAAAACAACAGAUUUAAUGGAAGAAAAAAAAUUGCUUGAGAAGAUGAAAAAAUCAAAUAGAUUUCUAAACUUUAUAAGUAUUGAUUUUGUUGAUGAAUUGUGUAAAUUUGUUUUAUUCAAUAUUGAAAAAGGGUAUGAAAAAAAUAAAGAUCAUUUUUGGUUACAUUUUAAUUUACUUUUUAACGAAACGUCAGAAGAUGAUAAAACAAAAAUAAUGGAUAAGUUUAAAUAUAUAGAAUUACAAGAUAUUUUGAACUUUUUCAUAAAUUCAGUUGAUAACUUUUUGAGUAUAUGUGUGAGAUCAUCUAUAUUUUUUCAUUUAUAUUUAUUUGUAUAUAGUAAUUGUCUAAAAAAAGAAGUAAGGACAAUUUUGUUGAACAAGUUUAUAGAGACAUUACCUUUAUUGAAGUCUUUAUUUCAUGAAGAGUUUUUCAGAAUUUUAAAAUAUAAUAACAAAUUAAAUGAUACCAGUAUUGAAAAUACGAAAAGGCAUGAGGAAAGGGAGAAUGAAAAAGGAGUAGAUGAAAAGGAGAAUCAAAAGGAUGAUCAGGUGCAGAGAAACGACACAAAUGAUAGUAAUACGAAUACCGCAGAACAUUCUACAACAGAACAAACGAAAACAGAACAGACACAAGAUCCUACAGGUGGUAAGGAGCAAGCAUUGGUAAAAGAAGAGGUAGGAAGUACAGAAAACGAAGAACAGAAAAAUAAAGAAUUAUCCACAAAAGAAACAAAUACUGUGAAUGAAAAUAGUGCAUUUCAAGUUAAUAUAGAAAUAAUAAAAUAUAUAAGCAAGAAUUUGUAUGAUUGUCCUUCACAUCCUGUAAGGGAGAGCCACUUUAAUUUUCUAAACUUUUGUUAUAAUUUAUACCUAGAAAAUCAAAAUAUCCAUUUUAUUAUUGAAUUAAUUGGAUUUUUGAAAAAAGACCAAAUUUUGCAUAUAUUUAGUGAAAUAAUUAAAAAUGAGAUGGAAGAAAAUAUAAAAAUUGAAAUUUUGAAAUGUUGCAUUAACAAUAUUAUUAAAUUGCCUUAUUCCUAUAUUCUAGAGAAACAAAACGAAAAGGAAAAUGAAUCUUAUUACAUAACAAAUAUUGAAAUAUUUUAUUUUUAUUAUAAUUUAAAUAAAAAUAAAAACAUUCAAAAAAUUAUGUUAGAUUAUUUUGUAACAAAAGUUAAUUUAAAUACAGUUGAUAAUCAAGAAAACAUUAAAAUGUACAAUGAUAUAACAGUGAAAGAUAUAGCAAAUAUAAUUCAACAAAUAGCGGAAAAUAGUAAUCCUAUAUUUCCUAUAUAUGGAAGGUUUUUGUGUCAAAUAACAAAAAAUAUAAAUAUAUUAAGAGAAUUUAUUAGUAGUAUUAUUAUGCCCUUACUGAUACAGAAAAAAAUAUGGACAAAUAAAUUCAUAUGGAAAGGCUUUUUAAUGUGUAUAUCUAUGUUAUGGUCCGAUUUCAAGCACUCCCUUUUUUAUGUUUUUUUUAUGUUACCAAAGGACGAAUGCUUGAUGCUUUUUAACGCUUUACAACAGAAACAUUCCAUACAAAGCGACUUAAUGGAAUUGAUAUCUUUAAACGAGCAGGCAAAAAGAAUGUGCCCAGAUUAUUUGAAGAACUUAUUAAAUGCUUGA